CAUUUCUAGUCAGUGGAUACAACCCUGCUUCGUUUACUAUCGCCCCGCCACAGCCACGUCGUGGACAAUUAUUACACGUGACGUUUUUCCGAAACACGCGAGACAGAGAUGCCCUCCCGCUGACACCCGGUGGUGACCGUGCUGUGGCCCAGGUGAAUCUCUUUUCCUGUUGGAAUCUUCCCGAUAAUGCUGGAGAGGUUGUUGGUGGUACAGCAGAGAUUACCAAUAUUUGGGUUUUCUUCGCCGCGCAGAAUCCUGCUAGCCGAGGUGCUUCCCAAGUUCGUGUCUGUUAUCGGUUAGAGGAUGGAUCAUGGAGCGAAGUACCAGGGAAUGUUUUUUUGCUCCAGCCAGCGAACCCAUUUAGCUUCACUGUGUUGAAUGGGCCUGCGAGGGUGCAGCAGCUGAAUCAAAUUUUAUUCAGAGGAAGUUCACUUGGUGCGAUGGAUCGCGUGAAGAUCAUUAAAAAGUCUGAAUUGUGUACAGAUGCAUCCGUCCCACCGAGUGAAGUAGUAUCGCGUGCAUUAGACACCGGAGACGCCAUUCCCGGUACAGCAGAUGGAUGGACCGUGACAAACGCCACAAGCACAACGACGAUGCUCAACAUGAGCAGCACCAUCAGAGGAGAAUUUAUUUUUUGUUAUAAACUCGCAGCAGAUACCGUUUGGACACGUGUUUAUGGUGAACUGUUCAUUGGCUCGCGUGAUCCUGCAGAAGUUGUCCAGACCCCAGGAAACGCCGUGGAAGGUGAACUCUUCACACUCAACUUCACUGCGUCAGAGGACUCACCCUCUUUGUCGGAAGGUGAUCGCGUUGCAUUUUACACCGGCGAUCUCUCCUGCCUUGUACCAGGCCAUGACGCAGAUGUCAUUAUCACCUCUCCGUCCCGCACGGAUUUGUUGCCCAGGAAUCUGUUAUUCCAGCUUGCGGCAGGAACAAUUGGGAACCAUACGUUAUGUUACUGGAAAUCCAACGGCAACGUUAUUGUUUGGGGCUUUGAAACUGUGGUGAUUGGGCGCAAUCCAUGGAACUACACGACGCAUCCCGCCGCGACAUUCCUACGAGCCAACCAACUCGUCAGUGCUAUAUUUUGGGGGUUUGGUCUCAUUGCAGAUCCAGUUGCGGAAAAGAGCGAUCAGGUAAGGUUUAUACCCACCAGAAACCCUCAGACAGAUGCAGCGUGCCAGACAAUAGCGCAGGAAACGAGUGUGGUGAACUAUCCAUUAACUGCCAAUGGUACACUUUCGGUACAGGUUGUUCGCUUCACUCCUCCUGCUGUGGGUUUUUACUGGGUAUGCUACAAACUUAACGGUGGACAAUUCAAAGUCAUGGGUGGAGAUGCGUUGGUGGUGGGUGCGGCUAACCCAUGUGGUGCGAUACCGGCGAAAAAUGUGAAAACGCUUUGGGAUGGCGAGAUGAAUAUUUGGACCAUUGACGCGAGAACGGCGCCCGUGGAAGGGGGCAUUGUUUUUUACAGCGUGCAUCAAUGCAAUAACUUCCCGUAUUAUGUGACACCAGAGCCAUCAAUUACUCAAUUCCCUCAUGGCGUUGCCGUUGUUCGGAAUGGCGUGGCCUUACUUCGUACAGGGUCUCCAACAGGUGAUGGUGUCAUAGUCUCACUCUGCUAUUACGCUGAAGGGGUGAUUACAAUGUUGUCAGAGUCUGUGAUGCAGGUCGUGGAGGGGGUACCUCCCGUAUUGAAAGAGCCCGUCCCCGCGAUGGCACUUCAGCUGUUUCGGUUUGGUCUCGCUGUCAUUCCCACACCGCUUGACUACGUUGUGCUUGUGGCAAAUUCGGACGACUGUGUUGGACUGACCGCGCCGGCGUCUUCUAGCGAAAUAUUUAUAAGCUUUGUUACUGAAGGUGACCAAAUUGUUGUCACCACCGCCGUUGAAUUAGAAGGUACAUUUUAUAUCUGCUACUCUCACCGAGUGGGCCCCUGCGGUGAAAACGCCACCGAGGAGUGUGCCCGAAUAGUUGGCACGGUGUUGGCGUCAGCACCCAAUCCUUCCGAUUGGUUUAUGACGCCUAACACUGUUUACACCUCUGAAGAGGCGGAGAUUCACCUUGUACGUCGAUUGGGUAAUGUAGCAGGGGCGAUGGAAGAACUUUGGCUCACUCCUAUCAACAUCACUCAAGACACCACCAUGAAAGAGGUCGCACUGGCAUGUAUAGCGACGAUGACUGGAGGGGAUCGCAUUGUACUACAGCCGCAAGUGAAUCAAAGCAACGUGUGGAAAACCCGGUUGAAUGUUGUGGCAUCUUACGCCCUUUGUUAUCUCUCUGAAGGUGCCGCGCUUCCAACCAUUUUUCCGCCCCUAUCACGAGCCGGACCGGUGGUUCAGUUAACAAAUGUGGCAUCUGUUGUUUUCCCAGUGGCACCUGUAGUAGGCACAGCCGCCGCCGUUAUUUUACAAGGACGUGGUUUGUCGCAGGACGAUCAGCUCGUGGCAGUUGGUGCUUCGGCAACUGGAUCCAUACCUGCCGAUAUAUGUACCAAUUCAACCUAUACUCCACGUGUUACGGCGGAAGCCUCUAAGUCGGGAUAUGGUCUUCGUGACAUGGUUUAUCACCUGGUAUUUGAGAGCCCUGGCAGUUACGUGUUGUGUUUCCAGGCGGUGGCGUCCACGGGACCCAUGGUUCUUAUUACACCCAAUUCUUUUGAGGUGGAUCUCACGGUGCUGAGUUUUACGGUGGUCUCUGUUGCACUGACGGAUACGCCAAUAGAACUGGAGUUCCGAGGGAGUGGUUUGCGUGCAAGCGAUGAGGCGGCGUUGGUUUUUCUCCAUCCAGACACUGUUGCAGAAAGUGACAUCUGUGCACAUGGGAAAUACACGGCGGUGUCAAGUGCCAGUCCCGAUGGCACCACCAGUCUUUACGUUACGGUGGUCACGAACCCGGGCACUUAUGCAGUCUGUUACACAAAACCGGGUUUUACACCGAUACUGUUGCCAAAUUAUCUCAGCGUCUCUGUGAGAACAGCCACUGGGGCAAGGUUCACAGUCAGGCCAAGUUGCUCGGCGUUGUCAGCCUGUUCCCCGCAACCGGUUGUGGCUCUCAUAAAUGCCUCCGGAGAACCGACGUCUGAUCCAGGAGCCACGGUUGUGAUGCACCUAAAUUUGGAGAAUGGAACGGCUGCCGAUGAACUUCUUUCUGGAGGUGCAGUUUACACACAGGAAGAAUUCAGUGUAUUUUACUUCUUUGAAAUUACAAUCUCUACCGUGGGAACAUAUGUUAUGGAGGCGGAGUUUACCUUGCGCGGGGGAGUACGUCUUGUUGCGAGCCUUCCGAAUCUCGUUGUGACAAAGGAUGGAAGAAAAGAAGUUAUGGCGGUUGUCACGUGUGUUCCCGUAGGAAUCAUUGAACGAUCUCUACUGAGUCCUGGUCAGAGCAAUCCAAAUGUGAAUAUUACAUGUGUCAUAGAGACAAAGUCCCCUUUGGCGCCCAAGGCGUACACGGUACAACUCAACGCAGGGAAAAGUACGGAUGUGGUAUUGGAUGGUGACAGCACUGCGGGUCUCCCUCGAUAUAACUUUACUGUCAAUCCACCGUAUGACCAGCCUUUGAUUCAAUUUGUUUCUAUUGUUACCGAGGCGGCCCCACCAUUCCAAAGUUGGCCAGUCAUGAAUUCACCCGUGAUUGUUCGUAUUGGAUCCAUACCUGAGGAGAACAGUACCCUGUUUUGUGCAUCCAAUUCUAUGGGUUUGCCCUCUAAAACAAUGGUUAGAUUGAAUGACAACUUGACAUGCCAGGCACAAGG